AUGGAGAAACUUGUUACUUUCACCUCUUUUCUCUUGUUGCUUAAGUACUAUGUUAUAAGUAGUUCAGCCAUGACUCAACUUAACAUCUCCACAGAUCAAUUAGCUCUUCUUUCCCUGAAAUCUCAAAUCAUUUCGGACCCCAGUCAUUACUUGGAUCAAAGUUGGUCUCCAGCUACGUAUGUUUGUCAUUGGGUUGGAGUCACUUGUGAUUCUCGUCACCAGAGAGUGAGAUUCUUGAAUCUUUCCAACAUGGCUCUUACGGGCGUAAUACCGCGUGAACUUGGAAACCUCACAUUUCUUGUUUCUAUUGACUUUGGAAGCAACAAUUUCCAUGGAAAUUUGCCUCAAGAUACGACACGCUUGCAUCGACUUAAGGUUCUUGAUUUAAGUUUCAACAGUUUCAGCGGGGAGGUUCCCUCUUGGUUUGGGUUUUUACACCAACUUCAAGUACUAAACUUUGGAAAUAAUAGUUUCACUGGUUCCAUCCCUUCUUCAUUUUCUAAUGUUUCCACACUUGAGACUUUGAAUCUAAAUUUCAAUUCCAUAGAGGGACAAAUACCAAAACUGAUCGGAAGUCCUGUAAACCUUAAAGUAUUAAAUUUGAAGGGUAACAAACUCGUAGGCUUUAUUCCUACGUCACUCUCAAAUGCCUCAAGGUUGGAGACUUUGGAGAUAUCUUAUAAUUCACUUCAAGGAAACAUUCCAGAAGGGUUCGGCAAUCUUCACAGCAUGAAAGUGCUAUCCAUACAAGAGAAUCAACUUACGGGUUCUAUACCAUUCACAAUUUUCAAUAUUUCAAGAAUUGAAGUCAUUGCAUUAUCAAACAAUAGCUUUUCAGGAUAUCUUCCCAAUGGUUUAUGCAAUGGUCUUCCAAAACUCAAACGGCUUUAUCUGUCUUAUAACAAGCUUCAUGGUCAUAUGCCUACAAGCUUGUCAAAUUGGAUAAUUCCACAAGAAAUUGGAAAUCUUGUUAAUUUGAUGGAGUUAUGGAUGGAGAGCAACCAGAUGACCGGCUCAGUCCCAAUCUCCAUAUUCAAUAUUUCAUUGCUGCAAGUUUUGUCACUGGCGGGGAACAAUCUUAAUGGAUUCGUACCAUGUAAAAUUGGCAACUUAACGAAGAUGCAAUUUUUGUAUCUUGAACAAAAUAGGUUUACCGGUGGAAUACCCAAAGAGAUGAGCAAUCUCAUAGAGUUGGAAGAACUUCUGCUUGAUUUUAAUAAUUUUAGUGGUCUACUUACAAUGGAGAUCUUCAACAUAUCAGGGCUGAGAGUAAUUGAUCUUUCAUUCAACAAUCUAUCAGGAAACCUUCCAUCAAACUUAGGUUCUCUAUUACCCAACAUUGAAGAGCUUUAUCUCUUGGCUGGAUCGAUUCCAACAACAAUUGGCAACUUGAGAAACCUUCAGCGCUUCAACUUGAGUAACAACAAACUUACAGGAUUUAUUGGUGAUCAUAUAUGUAAAUUGCAGCAUUUGGGUGAUAUUUACUUGGGUCAAAAUCAACUUUCAGGAUCUCUUCCUAAUUGUUUACGGAAUAUUACUUCCCUUAGGGAGAUACAUCUGAUUUCCAAUAAAUUGAGUUCCAAUAUACCACCAAGCUUAGGAAACCUUCAAGAUCUAGUGGUUCUUGACUUAUCGUCAAACAACAUGGUAGGUUCUUUACCUCCAGAAAUUGGAAAUCUAAAGGUUACGACACUAUAG